AUGGAACCCGGAAAGUACCUACAGGUUGCCGUGGUGGGCGUCGGAGGCGUCGGGACCCAAGUCGUCGAACAGCUGAUCGCAAACCCGAUCUAUGGCUUCCAGCUCGUAGCGCUCACCUCUUCCAAGCGCAUGCUCCAGUCCACCAAAGACCUCUGCAUCAGCCCCCUAGCAUGGAAGGACGCACUUAACGCCAGCGAGACGCCCGUCGACCUCUCUGCGGUGAAAAGCACGCUGCAGGAGCUCGUGAAGCAGGGCGAGAAGGCUGUGUUUAUCGAUAAUACAUCUUCGCAGGACGUUGCGGAAAUGUACCCUGCGUUGUUGAGUGUGGGGAUCAACGGUAUUGUCCAGGCGAGCAAGAGUGGAAGGUAUUUGCAUGAGUCGACGGUGGGCGCUGGGCUGCCUAUCAUCUCGACGCUGAGAGAUUUGGUAGAGACUGGGGAUAAAGUGAGUCUUUGGUCGUCAAGAUCGAGGGGUGUUUUCUCAGGGACCAUGAGUUAUAUCUUCAACAACUUUUCUUCCGUGGAGGGAAGCGAUGAAAGCUUUUCGUCGAUAGUCAAAGGAGCCCGAGCACAGGGCUACACGGAACCCAACCCGGCAGACGAUCUGAACGGCGCAGAUCGCGUAUCAUUCCCAGAGCUGAAGGAUGGACAAGGAAACUUCCCGCUUCUGCACGGGUACCAGUCGGUGGAGACUACUUUCUUUAAUUCAAGACGCCCUGCGAGCGCUCAAGACGCGCAUUUUGCCUCGAUGCGGCAGUGUUCCUCCGCUACGUCGGGCGUUGUCGAUGUAAAAAUAAAGUCGUUGAAGCCGAGUUGGCGAAAUUACUCGAAAACUCAUCCAUCGGACAAUAUUAUCAUGUUUCCAUAUACCGAACGCUACGGUAAAAGACCCCUGAUUGUCAAGGCGCUGCCAUGGGGAGUUGUGAGCGAUAUCCUCAAGUUGAUUAGGCCGUAG